AUGAUCACUCUGGAACUUUGGCUUUCUCAUGGACAGCGGCUAUUGAUACAAUACAGAAGCAGCGUACUCCGCAUGACUAAAGAGCAAGGCGUGUCAGUAGUCAAUAAAAGUGCUUUCUAUAAAGUCGGUGAUAUCAUUCCUCGAAUCUACUGUAAAACACACCAAGUUCAAAAACUAUAUGUAAUAUUUCCAAGUGUGGUCAUGGAUAUCGAAAGAGAAGCCCAGGACACCAACAUGCCCGACUUUCUCAUGAACGAUUUUGAACUAUUUAUGGAUGUGGUGUUCAGUAGUAUCAUCUACUUCGGGGGCUUGGUCGUGUUUCCGUUUAUGGAUGUAGUGUUCAGUAGUAUCAUCUACUUCGAGGACUUGAUCGUGUUCCCGUUUAUGGAUGUGAUGUUUACUAGUGUCAUCUACUUCGAGGGUUUGGUCGUGUUUCCGUUUAUGGAUGUGGUGUUCAGUAGUAUCGUCUACUUCGAGGGUCUUAAAUAUAAUGUGUUUCCGUUAUAG